AUGAAGUUAGACGCCAAAGUACUUCGGUACAUGACCCCUGAGGACUUUCGAGUCCUAACCGCCACCGAGAUGGGCUCCAAGAAUCACGAGGUCGUUCCUUCCGCCAUUAUCUCCCAAAUCGCCAAGCUCCGCCACGGAGGAUCCCACAAGGUUCUGAGUGAGCUGGCCAGACGCAACUUGGUUGCCAAGGUCCAGCAUAUCAAAUAUGACGGUUAUCGAUUGACAUAUGGAGGAUACGACUACUUGGCCUUAAGGACCUUCUGCCAGCGCAACAGCGUCUACUCUGUCGGAAACCAGAUCGGUGUCGGAAAGGAGUCAGAUAUUUACAUUGUUGCCAACGAGGAGGAGCGUCAAAUGGUCCUAAAGAUCCAGAGAUUGGGUCGUACGAGUUUCCGUACGAUCAAGUCGAAGCGCGACUAUCUCAAAAACCGCAAGUCGGCGUCAUGGAUGUACAUGUCAAAGCUGGCCGCUGAAAAGGAGUAUGCCUUCAUGAAGGUCUUGCACGAGCACGGAUUCCCAGUCCCCGAACCCAUCGACCAGUCUCGCCACUGCAUUGUUAUGGAACUCAUUGACGCCUUCCCCCUUCGCCAAAUUAGCGAGGUUGGCGACCCCGGCAAACUCUACUCUACACUCAUGAACCUCAUUGUCAAACUUGCCAGCUACGGAUUGAUUCACGGAGAUUUCAACGAAUUCAACAUUUUGAUCCGGGAGAACGGAGAGGCUGUCCUGAUCGAUUUCCCCCAGAUGGUCUCGAUCGACCACCCCAACGCUGAGUUCUACUUCAACCGCGAUGUCGAGUGUAUCCGAGUCUAUUUUAAGAGGCGGUUCCAGUACGAGAGUUUGUUAUACCCAAAGUUCAGAUUGGAUACGGAGCGUGAGUUUGAUCUGGAUGUCAAGGUAGCAGCUUCAGGAUUCACCAAGGAGAAGCAGCAGGAGCUGGAGAAGUUUCAAGAGGAAGAGGGUCAGUUGGUCCUGGAGUUGGGUGAGGAUGCUUAUCGCCCCAGCGAUGACGACGUUGAGGAUGAAGAGGAGUCUGAAGAAGAGUCCGAGGAAGAAUCUGAGGACGAAGAAGAAGCCGAGGAGGUUGGCGAAGGCAGUGCAAAGAAUGCAGAGGACUUACCCGUCCAAGUCGGAAAGCUGUCAUUAGCCAAUUUGUCUCAAAUGGAUCAGCCAUCUGUACCCUCAAAUAACGACAGCGACAACGAAGACGAAGAGGAGGAGAACGACUCUGUUGCUUCAUUGGAAGACAUGAACAACCGCAACUUCAAGGCUUACAGAGACAUCCGGCCCAAGGUGGCAGGAUCUGUUGCAGGAUCGACCCGGUCAAAAGCCACAAAGUCAACUGGACCCAUGUCGGCCGAGGAUAUCAAGGCUCGUGUUGCUGUCAACCUCCGGUCGGGCUCUCGAACCAAGUUCUCGUCCAAGCAGAACCACACCAAGGGAACCGACAAGCGGAACAGGAGGCAGGUUGCUGGCGACAAGGCUCAUAUCAAGUAUGGAUCCGAAUACUAA